AUGUCCUCCGAUGGAUACUUUGCCCGUGCUAUCCCUGGACCAGAUGCAAAAAUCUAUGUGUGGAGCCUGGAUGCAGCACUCGAGCGCGCUCGUAGCCUUGGCGGUCGUGCAGUUCCAGCCAGAGAUAUCUCUAUUGCGCCUAGACAGCAAAGCAACAAUAGAGGCUUGGCGAGAUAUGGCAAUGACUUCUGGGGUGAUGAUACAAAUCGUACACCUCGUCGCUCAGAAGACACGUCCUCUUCGCCUCAGCCUAACCAUACACCCGCCCUUGCACUUCCAGACCUCUCUGGGGCAGUUCCUACUUCUGCGGAGGCAAGGGCUAAGCGUCGCAUCGCUGCGUUGGAAGAGGAGCUCCAAAUGAUGCACCAAGAAAAAGGAACCAAGCAAAGAAAGACAACUUACUACGUUUCUCAAGGCAGAGCAAUCCGCCGCAUGGUUAUUCUUUAUACCAGCUUGGAAGAUUUAAUUGCCGAAAACGAUCGCAGGUACGAGGAGCAACCGGAGGACAACACCACAGAGCAAGAUCGCUUGCAACGUGGCUGUAUCACACUCACGCAGGCUGUGCCUUGGCUACACGAAAAGCUUGGAGAACUCGACAUCAAUGACUCCGAAGAUAUGUUGAAAAAGCUUAAAAAAGGAGCCGAUGCGGCCUGCGGUGAUGAUACGUCCACUCUUAAGGACCUCGUCGCUGGCUGGGUCAACCAAGACUUCCAUCCGUCCUGUCUACUCAAGGCCGAUGACAAGCACUCACGCGGCUUCAUGCAUGACACUUGUGGGAAACUACUUUGUCCUGCUGAAUGGGACUGGAGUGAUGCCCGCGUGAAGGCCGGUAUUCGCGACCGAACGUCUGAGUACAUCGUAUCCGAAAAUUCCUGGCCACUCUUCCUAUACGAGAAUUACUCGCCCGACAGUAGCAACCUCGAGAAAGGUCUAUUCAAGUCCAAGAUUCUGGUUCAGGCUUUCAAAGCCACAUUCACAUCUCCAUCUUCUGCAAGAGAAGCUGAUGGAGAUGGCGAUGGGGCCGACAUACUCGAGAAUAACAGGCGUGCCAGGCGCGCAUUAAACCAGGCCAAGGUCAAAAUGUGCGUGGCCUCGAUAAUUAAUAUGAGGAAAGUUACUCCACGCUCUAUCGCGUAUAUUGUCUGUCAGGUUUGUUUUGCUUUAUCCAGUGUCUCAUCCUGGCGCACUGUAGAUGGUGACUUUGACUACAAAAUGUUCUGGAACAAUACCAUGGACUUUUUCGAGGACGUGCCUGGCCCAGUCGCACAACGUAGGGUGGCCCACCUUCUCGAGUGGUGGACCAGGAAGAUAUUCGGAAGGAACCAUCGUGAGGACCUGACGCCGGAAGUCGUGUCCAAGAUGUCUGUCACUGCACUAGCGGAGCAGAGAAAGGCGAUUGAGGAUGCCGCGUAUGACUCGGACUAG